GGCUGGCUGGCUGGACCCGCCCGCCCCCGGAGUAGAGAAGCCCCGGGUCCCCGCGGGGCUGCCCCAGUUGCCGGCGAGCCUGCCCGCCGGCCUCCGGAGCCCAGCCAUGUCCUGCUACAUCUACCAGCUGCCCGCCUGGGUACUGGACGACCUGUGCCGCAACAUGGACACGCUCAGCGAGUGGGACUGGAUGCAGUUCGCCUCCUAUGUGAUCACAGACCUGACCCAGCUGCGAAAGAUCAAGUCGAUGGAGCGGGUGCAGGGCGUGAGCAUCACUCGGGAGCUUCUGUGGUGGUGGGGCAUGCGGCAGGCCACCGUCCAGCAGCUGGUGGACCUUCUGUGCCGCCUGCAGCUCUACCGUGCUGCCCAGAUCAUUCUGAACUGGAAACCAGUUCCUGAAAUCAAAUCCUCUUUCCCAGAUGCUGUGAAGCCGGGAAGACCUUUGGCAGCUUCUGUAAGAAACACUGAAGAUGAACAGGGAAAGGGGCAGUCUAUGAGGCCAGCCGCCUUGCCAGGCCCGGGGCCUGCUCCAGCCCGAGCCAACCUCCUGCCUCCUUCCGAAGAUGCCCCUCAUUCCUUAAAAACCAACUUUCCUGUUUCAUCUGAUUCAAAGGACGUUAGCGUCUCCAUUCCUAAGCAGGAAACACUUUUGAGUAUGGCUGAAGACAGUCUUUUCUGGAGUGAGGCAGACGUGGUCCAGGCAACUGAUAACUUCAACCAAAGCCACAAAAUCAGUGAGGGGACCUUUGCCGACAUCUACAAAGGGCAAAGGCAUGGCACGCCAUUCGUCUUCAAGAAGCUCAGAGAGGUGGCCUACUCAGGUCUGGGAUCUAUCGAAAAAUUCUUCCAGGCAGAGGUACAAGUUUGUCAUAGAUGCUGCCACCCCAACAUCUUACCUUUGCUGGGCUUCUGCACCGGAAAUCAGUUUUACAGCUUGAUCUACCCAUAUAUGGCAAAUGGUUCUUUACAGGACAGACUCCAGGGUCAGGGUGGCUUGGACCCCCUCCUCUGGCCCCAGCGUGCCAGCAUCUGCUCUGGGCUGCUUCAUGCUGUGGAGCACCUGCACAGCCUGGAGAUCAUCCACGGCAAUAUCAAGAGCUCCAAUGUUUUGCUAGACCAAAACUUCACCUCCAAGCUGGCUCACCCAAUGGCUCACCUGUGUCCUGACAACAAAAGGUCAAGAUAUACCAUGAUGAAGACUCACCUUUUCCAGGCCUCUGCUGCAUAUCUGCCAGAGGAUUUCAUCAGGGUGGGACAGCUGACAAAGCGAGUGGACAUCUUCAGCUGUGGAAUAGUGUUAGCUGAGGUCCUCACCGGCAUCCCUGCAAUGGAUAAUGACCGAAGCCCAGUUUACCUGAAGGAUUUACUCCUCAGUGAAAUCCCAAGCAGCACCACCUCACUCUGCUGCAGGAAGACGGGCGUGGAAAAGGUGAUGGCUAAGGAGAUCUGCCAGAAGUACCUGGAGAAGAGAGCUGGGAGGCUGCUGGAGGACUGCGCCCAGGCCUUGGCCAUGGCUGCCUGCCUCUGCCUGCGGAGGCGGAAUGCCAGCCUGGCAGAGGUGUGUGGUUCUGUGGCCGCUGUGGAAGAGCGGCUGAGAGAUCAGGAGACGUUGUCCCCUUGGAGUGGGCUUUCCGAGAGCACAGGCUCUUCCUCCAACACCCCAGAAGAAACGGACGAUGUGGACAAUUCCAGCCUUGAUGCCUCCUAUUCCAUGAGGGCAGCACCCAGGGCUGGGGAUGUUGCCUCACUCCCCCCUACAGAGGGCAGAGAAGGCAGGCUGCAGGCUGAUGGGGGAACGCCGGCAGACUCCUCCUCUGGAGCCUAUGCCAGUCCGGAGCCUCCCCAGGAUGCUACAGAGACUUCAUGGAAGAUUGAGAUCAAUGAAGCCAAAAGGAAACUGAUGGAGAAUAUCUUCUUCUACAAAGAAGGGAAACUGGACAGCCUUGAACUUUUUGGCCCCUGAUAACUAGAACACAGCUGAGGAUCCUUGUCCUCAAUUGGAAAGAUAAACACCAAAUCAAGAAAUAGAUCUGAUGCCGAAUCAAAAUCUCCCAGGAAACACCACCCCCCCGGC